AUGAACCCAAGUGGUUGCGGUGAUAGUGACUUGAAAAUGAUUGCGCAAGGAUUGUUUCGAGAGAGGAACAUGAAAGGCGAGAAGAAGAGUGUGAUGAUUGAGGAUAAAGAAGAUAUCGCCGCUGAGAAGAGAAGGAGCCCCACUCCUCACUCCGCGACAAAAUCUUAUAGGAAAGAGUAUGCCAAAGAAAAAAGAAGUUUGAAGCUCAAGGAAAUAGAGGAGAGGAGUGAGGCCGAGCGGCAGAGGGCGUCGACCGAGGAGAAGAGGGCGGCGACCGAGGAGAGGUUGGCGACGACCAAGGAGAGGAAGGUGGACCUAGAGGAGAAAAAGGCCGCGACCGAGGGGAUGAAGAUGGUCGAGGAAAAGGCACUCGAGUUUAUGUUUAUGGACACAUCUACUCUUGAUCCCAAGGCAAAGGCCUAUGUUGAACUUUGUCAUGAUGAAAUGCUCAUGAAGAAGCAAAUGCUCAUGAGGCAAAUGAUGAUGAGAGGAGGCAUGGGAGGUGCCAUGGGAGGAGUCAUGGGAGGUGCCAUGGGUGGCUACAUGAACAUGACGGGAGGUGCCAUGAAUGGUGCAUUUCGCGGAAACAUGGGAGGUGGCUUUGGUGGCAACAUGGAAGGUGGCUUUAGUGGCAUGGGAGGUGGAUUCGGAGGCAACAUGACCGGCAUGGGAGGUGGUUUUGGUGGCAACAUGAUGGGGGGCUUCGGAGGUGGCUAUGGAGGCAACAUGAGUGGCGUUGGAGGUGGCUUCGUCAGCAACAUGACCGGCAUGGGAGGCAAUGAAGGUGCUUCCGGUGGUGCUCCCAGCAACGAGACUUCACCGCUUCACAACGUCGACAAAGAAGCCGGUGAUGAUGAUGAUCGUACCACAGUUCACAACGCCGGUGGUGUUGAUGACCCGCAUGAAUGA